AUGCUAUUGGCUGCCUGUUAUGUUGGCUUCUUUGGCGUCCUCACAGGUGGCGAAUUUACAGUCAAUAGCCCAUUUGAUCCUUCUCUGCAUUUGAGUCUUGCUAACAUACAGGUUGAUGCCCACUUGAACCCUCAAAGAGUUGGCGUGUUUAUCAAGUGCUCCAAGACAGACUGUGAGUCCCUUUGCUUGCUUCAUCUUCCUUGGUCAUGGUUCCGCCCUCUAUUUGCUGUGGUUUCCUUGGGAAAUUACCUGCACCUUCGUGGACUGAAACCCAGACCUCUAUUUCCUUACUAGGAUGGUACUCCUCUUUUUAGAUCCAAGCUCUCUGCAUUCUUAAAAUCUACUCUAAAGUCAGCAGGUGUUCCCAGAAAUUUCUCUGGUCACAUCUUUAGAAGUGGAGCCGCUACUACUACUGCCAGCCAAGGAAUUCCCGACCAUCUUAUUAAAACUAUGGGUCGCUGGUCAAGCGAAGUUUAUUCACUGUAUGUGUGGACUGCAGAAGACACGAUUCUCUCAGUAGCUGGACGACUCGCUUAGCAGGUAAGGCGCUUAUCUACCCCUUUGUGUAACUUGGUUGGGUGCUGUCAGAUUUUUGCUUGGGCUCAGGCUUUCCCCCAGCCAUGAGCCCUUUGUUCUCAAGGCAUUUUAAGUUUGGCCCAGAGGUCCUCCGGCUUGGUGUGGGGGCUCAUUGCUGGGUUGCCAGGAUUUCCCAGCCAUGGGAGUGGUCUCCAUCUAGGAGCUGGCUGCCAGUAGUGGAAGCUCCUGGGCAUCACAGGCACCCAACCUCCACUUUGCAAAGCAGUUGUUAAAUGCAGUUAAAUGCAAUUUAAUGGAGUUAACAAGGAGUACUUGUUUCACUUUGCUGGCCAGCGGUGUGUGCGAGAUGCGCAUGACCCAAGAUCCAUCAUGCUCUGGGACCAGUGUGCAUCCCAGCAUGGUCUCGUUCAUUAGUGUUCCGCCAUUUUGGGGUGUUCAGCAACUUUUAGUGUGAUUUAUUCAGCAUGGGCGUAUCACAAAUGUGGGGACUCAGUUUAUGUGGUUUCAUCUUCCACCCCUUCCCUCCUCUUUUCCACUGAUGUUCUCAGCGUAACUGAUGCCCGCUUUCUUGCCGCGUGGGGGCUCAUGGCUAGGUUGCCAGGAUUUCCCAGCCAUGGGAGCAGUCUCCAUCUAGGAUCUGGCUGCCAAUAGUGGAAACUCCUGGGUAUCACAGGCACCCAACCUCCACUUAGCAAUGCAGUUGUUUUAGAACCAGCAAGCAAAAGUGGCAGCUCCAUAAAUAUUUCUUAUCCUUGGCCGAUGGUUAUUACCUAUGACAAAGGCGACCCAAAUAUCCGCCAAAGACUGUGACUGUAAAAGCCUAAGAAUGACAUCAACAAAAAUAACAAUGUCUCUUGUUUGUGUCCUCAAGGAUAUGCAACACAGCUUUCACUAAUUCGUGGGCACAAUCUCCAGUGCAAGCCUCCCAGCAUGGCUACAUACUCUCCUUUCCCAAGAGUGGAUAGAAAUACCAUAUGACCAGAUUUGCCAGGAAACGUUGACUUAUCCAAUGUAAUGACUGGAUUCUGUACUGAGAAGGAAAUUUACCUCUCGUCUUACCAGGUGCAAAUGUAGUAAAUUUCUCAUAGAGUAGGGAAAGCAUAGCACACUAUAUAAGCCGGGGUAUAGGCAGUUGCUGAGAGGCACAAUACACUGUUAAUGCCGUAGCAUCUCCUAUCUGUCCUGCUUUUUUCAAAGUCGUGUGGAGCUUUCAAAACAAUUUAUUUUCCUCUCCUUUCAGAACUUUAUCCAGGCAUACAUGUACCUUUGCCUGAUUGAUCUCUGGGACAGCAGUGGUAGACUUAAACAUAGCUAAAGCCGGAACAGUGGUUUAGGUUUCAAGGAGAAAACGCUUUCCACUUCCGAAGGGAAAAACCCUAAUUUGCAGUCUACAAACACUUUCCCAACUUUAUUGGAGUUGGAAAUUAGAAAUGACGUGUCAGUACAAUGGAAAGAUCUUUGUGAUGUAGUUGUACUGGUAUAAUUGUCCAGGUGGUCUAAUAAAGCUCAAAUGGUAAACAAACCUCUAUGCAGACAGGCAGGAGAUAUGACUCCCUUCUUGAUCAUCAAAAUAUUCGCAUGCUGAUUUGUCAAUCCACUCAUCAAGCUCUAAGACAUAGUCGUAGGAAAUGCAGAUUCCCAGCUGGUGUAACUGAUGAAUUAGAUGCUUUUUUUCUGGUAAGCCCAUGAAUGUUCAAGCCAAUAUCAACAGUGAAUGGUGGGUCAUGCUCUAAAGUAUGUCUUGGUUUUGUCUCAGGAUAAAACAUUGUGCUCUUCUUAGUGCUGAAACUAUGGCCUCACCAAUAGGGAAAUGAGGAUCUUGAGACUCAAUGGAAAUUAUUUCUCUUGACAUUUAUGUGGAAAAGAUCCAUUUAAGAGAGAACCUUCAUGCCUAAAAGCGCUUUUUCUUUCUUUUCCCUGGCCAAAAUUAGUGCAUCUUCCAAAACGUCCUAGGCCCCCUCUUGUUCACUUUGUUCAUAAAUGAUCUGCCGGACGAAGCUACUUACGGCGUGAAGGUUGCACUCUACGCCGACGACACCAAGCUAUACUGAAAUGUCUCGUCUGCAGAACACUGUGACCUCAUACAAGUCACUCUCUCUAAUAUGCACGUCUGGUCGCAGCGCAAUAAUAUUAGAUUUAAUAUGUCUAAAUGUAAAGUACUAACUGUGACUAGGAAAAGGACUUCGAUUGCUUUUGACUACAGCCUUGAUGGCAGAGCCCUGACACGCGUUUCAGAAGAAAAAGAUCUUGGCGUCAUCAUAACUAGUACGCUCUCUUGGGACUCACACAUCCACACUAUCACUGCGAAAGCAAACAAGCUUCUUGGUUUGCUUUAACGGACUUGUCCCCUGCUUUCUGGUGUCUCUGUUAGGCGCUCACUCUAUUUGUCUUUGGUCAAGUCAAAGCUGUGUUACGCCACCCAAGUCUGGUCGCCCGCUUACGUUACUCUGAAUGCUAAGGUGGAGCAGGUGCAGAGACGUGCAAGCAGGUGGAUUUUACGCACGCACAAAGACGAGUCGUCGUACAAAGAGCAGCUGAUUUUGCUAGACUUACUUCCACUUUCUCUAGAUCGUGAACUCAAAGAUUUGAUCUUUUUUUAUAAAUGCCUUUACUGUAGUACCGAUUUAGAUGUUCGGAAUUAUGUAUCUUUUGUUUCCCAUGAUCGUACAAGACUAAGUAACUCCUUUAAUCUUCGCACCCCUUUUUGCAAAACAUCAUCCUUUCAGGCCUCUUACUUUAAUCAUAUUGUUAAACUAUGGAACUAUGUUUGUAAGCUAGCACCCCCAACCAGUUUUUCCUCGCCUACUGCCUUUCAACUUUUUGUUCGCAAAUUAAUGAGCACUCACCUUUCCCGCGUAUAUGAAAAUCAAUUACCCCUGCACGUGGACACUAGUCCCUACGUGCCCAUGCCACUCGUAAUUUAUUUUAUUUUUUGUAUUGAUGUUCGUGUACACAUUUUAUUUUUUUUUAACCUAGGUCUUAAUCUAGGGGCGGUGCCUCGCAUGGGAUGUUAG